GGGGUCAGCACAGAGGACGGGUUAAAGGCCGAAAGUGAUAACGGAGAAAGUAGUGCAGAGCAGAGACAGAGGAACUGCUUUUUACUCAUCAUGGGUUCAUAUGCUGCAGCUCUGAUCUUCUGCUCCCUGAUAUGCUCAGUGGCAGCUCAGGCUCCAGUUGUCACCGUGGAGCCUCGGACUGCCACCAUCCGCCAGGGAGAGUCUGUCAGCUUCAGGUGCCAGGUGAAGAGCAAUGUCCAACCAGUUCAGCUGGAGUGGAGAAGAGCCAAUAAUCAGGCCUUGCCAGAUAAUGUAAAGAUUGGUCCAGAUGGGUCUGUGCUGACUGUUGCAAACGCUCGACCUGGAAACCACGGCCAGUACCGCUGUGUGGCCAACAGCGCCGCUGGACGCAACUUUGCCAACAUUGUGCUGAAUGUCAAAUUUCCUUCUAAAGUACAGCUGACACCGACUGGGCCCCUGCGUAUCCGAACAGGAGAGUCUGUGUCAGUGGAGUGUCGCGUCACCGGUAGGCCACGCCCCACAGUCACCUGGAAGCGCAGAGGCUCCACCCUCCAGCUGGUAACUCAGGAGAUAAACGACGCCCACAUUAUAAAGUGGCCUUCCGUACGCCCGGAGGACUCCGGAGUGUAUGUCUGCCAGGCUGACAACAACGUGGGGAAAUCCGAGGCAGAGGUUGAGCUGGUCGUGGUGGGUCCACCUGGAUCACCGGUGGCUUCGGUUAACAUCGAGGAGAUGACGGCGAUCGAGGGACAAACAGUCACCAUUGAGUGCACGGCUACAGGCUUCCCUACCCCUGUCAUCACCUGGUCCAAACUAAGAGCACCACUGCCAUGGAAGCACUCUGUAGCCGAUGGCGUCCUGACGCUGACCGACGUGGGGCGCCAAGACUCGGGACAGUACAUCUGCAAUGCGACCAACAUACACGGCUACAGCGAGGCGUACACCGACAUGGAGGUGGACACUCCUCCGUACGCCACCUGCCUGCCUGACCAGGUGCGGCUCCAGCCUGGGAGCCCUCUGGUCUUGCAGUGCCUCGCCCACGGCUCUCACCCAAUCCAGUUCACCUGGAGCCGCGUGGGAAGGGGCAGCCUGCCGGUCGGAGCAGAAACCACCAGGGAGGGGAAGCUGAUGAUAGCCAGUGUUAAACAGAGCGACGCGGGAACGUAUAAAUGUGUGGCCACCAACCACAUCGGUUUGAGCGAGGCCGUGGCAAAGGUCAUCAUAAAAGCCUGAGUAAACGUGGACCGACAAGUGGCGUGAAAAUUGCCUGCAGCAAAGAUUCUAUUUAAUGUGUCCAUGUAUCGUGGAGAAUAAAAGCCAACAUUUGUUUUGUAAUCCUCACCCAACAAUUACAACAUCAGUUUGAUUUUCUGAGAACUAAAGGUGAAUAGGGUUGAACUUUACGCAGUAUAUGCAAGUAUGUUUUUCCUUCCGAUUGUACAGGAGUCAGGACAAGUAUAAAAUUCAACUUAAAAUCAUCUGUUAUAAAGUAAAUUAACUGAGACAAACAUAAAUGCAGUGUGUGAGAAAAACCAUCUGCUACAUGUUAAUUUUCCAAAGUAGCAACAUAAUGUUAAGACUGAAAUAAUAAUAGCACAACAAAAAUGUAGCUCUACUUUGUGAUGUGAGAAAAUAUUGGGAAUAUAUCACUUCUAUAUUUCCAUAUUAAAAUAUGCAUUCUCUGUUUACUCUGA